AGUUUGGUGGUUGUUGCUUCUUGCGCAGAGGGGCUAGCGCUGCUAGCACCGCGGGAGGAAGCGCCGUUGGAAAAUUACAAGUCUAACAUUAUAAACUCCCUGAAACCAUUUAGCUUCAAGUAAAGGACAAGUUCGCGUGGGGACGAUAUCGUUAGUUGCGACUCCAUCCCCAUGCGAUAACGUUGCUGUCGUGAACGGCAUGACUAAUUUAUAUCCAGGGAUCAGGUUGUAUUCUUAGCAUUAGCCUCCGAGCAAACCUCUGACUCGCAGUCAUGGAGAAUCGGGGGAUUGACGACAUGUUUGACUUUCGUCGGUUUCCCAAAGAUGCCGUUCUUCUCCUGCUGCUGCUGAUUUACUCUCCGGUUGGCAUCUGUUUGAUGUUGAUACGCAUCUUUCUUGGUGUUCACGUGUUCUUGGUCAGCUGUGCGCUUCCAGAGAGUUUUGUUAGAAGCUUUAUCGUGAGGGUUAUGUGCUCGGUCCUGGGGAUGCACGUGAGACAGAAAAACCCUCGCUCCCGAGACCGAAACACCAAGCUGUACUUGUGCAACCAUGUGACGGAGUUUGACCACAACAUAAUCAACCUUUUGACCCCCUGUCACACUCCCCAGCUAGAGGGCUCCACAGGAUUCGUGUGUUGGGCCAGAGGCUUCAUGGAGAUUAAUUCAGCGUCCGGCCAAGAAGCCGUAGGAGAGUCUCUCCAGAGGUACUGCUCCACCCGAGGUACCCCCCCUCUGCUUCUGUUUCCCGAAGAGGACACCACCAACGGCCGAGCUGGCCUGCUGAAGUUCAGCUCCUGGCCUUUCUCACUGACUGAUUCCAUCCAACCUGUGGCCUUAAGGGUGACCAGACCACUGAUCGCUUUGGGGACACCUGAGUCCAGCUGGCUGACUGAGCUCUUGUGGACAUUUUUUGUUCCAUGUACAGUGUAUCAUGUAAGUUGGCUCCCAUCAGUAUCCAGACAGGAUGGAGAGUCCAUGCAGGAGUUUGCCAACAAGGUUCAGGAGCUGCUAGCGGGUGAACUCGGCUUGGUUUCCACCAAGAUCACAAAAGGUGAUAAAGCGGAGCACGUCAAACGUAAAAGACGCACGGUACCACAAACCUCUACAGGUGUCAGACCUGGCUCCAUGGGCCUCGGCUUCAUGGUCCAGAGUUUGGGUACCGAGGAUCACCGGGUUGCCAAGAUGGCCCAACAGGUGAAGGACGUGCUGCCUCACGUCCCGCUGAACGUCAUCGCCAUGGACCUCGCCAAAACCAAUUGUGUUGACACCACUAUAACGAAUCUGCUGGAGAACAAGGAGGAAAGUCCGAUGGAAGCAACCGGCACGUCGGCCUUUGGGUGUUCCAGUAACAGCGUGUAUUCCUCCGGUCCUGCUCCCACCAUAAAGCCUGCUGCCAAAUGUUUUGGGAGAUCACCAACUGACAGACAUUUGUCUCUCCAAGAGAGAAAAGAAGCCCUCUAUAAUUUUGCCAGAAGACGCUACAUUGAAAAACACGGAUUAGAGGAAGAAGAACACUGAACACACUUUGGGUCAAGCGAUCGAUGGAAACACCCGAGAGAAGCAUAUUCAACUUGCGUAGCUGUCUAAUUUGAACGGUGAUUUUCUACACUGGCAACCGUUCCAGUUGCAGAACCGAUUUAGUUAAUUGCAGGUAACCGAGCAGAGGAUUGACAACGUGUAUAUGUCGAUGGAACGGUGAUCACACAUGUUUAAUUCUUCAUUCUGGCUGAUGCAUAAUUUUGAUAACGAUUUGUAUUCCGAUCCACUGAUUUUGAAUCAUCUAUUUAUUUUUAUAAUGUCGUUGAUGCAAAUAAAGUUCAGUUUGACCAUA